AUGGGCCGCCAGCACCGCUUCCAAAUGGGCGACACCAGUGGCGACGGCCUGCAGGACACCGUCGUGCGCGUUCCAGCGGAGGAGCUCAAGAUCACGCCCGGGCAGAAUACGCAGCCGUUCGUCGACAUUUCUACGCCGUCGCCCAAUUCGCGCAAUAAGCGCACGGCUAGCCGGAAAGGCAGCAUGAAAAGUAAGCGCAUGCCGGCCCCACCUCCGCCCCCUCCUCCUCCUCCCAUGGCCAGCCAAACCGGAAUGAUAUCCUCGUUCCACAGCACAGCCAAUUUCAUGGACAGCAGCCAGUUCAUAAACAUGAACUCCUCCACCACACACUUCCUAGGACGCGGCCCGCCCACGAUGAGCUCUAACUGCAAGAGUAGUCGUGGUAUGCACCGCCGCCGCCCUAACGUCCAGGCAAUGCUAGGCGCGUCCAUGGUGCGCCAGAGUCUGGCACGUGCAUCCAACUUGUCGUCAUUCGCCGUUUCGAGAUACGGCCCGCAGCCCGGCAGCGACGUCGUGUCCGUUCCAGUCCUGGGCGAUUGCAACUUCGAGCAGAAGUACAACGUGGCUAUGAGCAUGGACGAGAGCGUCAUCCACAGCAACAACCCAGCCUACACCCCCAUGGAGAAGCUGCACGCUCUGCGCGACGUUAUGAGCAGCAUCACCAGCAAGGACGGCUUCAUUGAGCGUGAAACCUUUUCGCAGGCGUUUGAAAUUAAUGGCAACGAGUUCGAUGGCUAUGCAACUAACAACGGCGCGAUCGACGGUAACGCCAUUCUGAUUGACGCCGUGAUGGACCUGGAAGUGGACGGUGAGGAGAAGCUGCGUUUCAUCUUCGAAACACUCGACCCGGACAAUACUGGGUACGUGAUCGAAGACCAGAUUGUUCAGCUACUGGAAUCGAACUUUUCGGCGGCCCACAUUGACGUGGUGGGCACAGACUUCAAGACUGUGGCCAACCUGAUGUUUCGCAAGGCUCAAGUAAAGAACGAGUCGAUGACGUACGAGCAGUUCAAGACGGUGUUCGCCCCCUACAUCAACGACUCGUACAAUCUCCGGAAAUCCGAACCUAUGUACACAGCUCCUAUCCGGCCGAAGAGCAAGUUUGGCGCAUGGUACAGUGCCAACAAGCUCCGCAUCUGGUGGCUACUGGUAUACGCCAUUGUGAACAAUAUCGCCUUCUGGCUCAAGUGGUUCGCGUACGAAGUGGAUCCCGCCAUCGGUUGGGGUCUACGUAUCGCCCGUGCCAACGCUCAAGUGGUGAUGGUUAACUGCGUCUUCGUCCUGCUGCCGAUGUGUCGUUCCAUCACACAAGUGAUGAAGCGCAGUCGUUUCUUAUGGCGCUACAUCCCUUUUGACGACAGUAUCGCGUUCCACAAGAUAGCAGGGAGCGUGCUGCUUACAGCUGGCCUUGUCCACACUGUUGCCCACGUCUUCAACGAGGUGUACUUGUACCUCAUUGCUACUCCUGAAGAGAUCAAGCGGUCCAUCUUCGUCACCCGCCAUGUGUCUUCAUUCGUGAAUGGCGAGCGACCUCCGUUCACUACGAUGCUGCAGUCGCUUCCAGUGUGGACGGGUGCGAUUCUCCUUAUUAUCACGUGCAUUUCGUUCCCGCUAGCUGCGAUCCCCAAGUUCCGUCAGGGCAAGUUCAACGUCUUCUGGUACUCGCACAUGCUCUUCGGACCCUUUCUGUUUGUGCUCUCGUUUCAUGGCGCUGCUUCAUGGCUCGCUCGUUCCUCUUCCUACAUCUGGAUUACGCCUCCGUUCCUCAUCUACCUCAUUGAGCGUCGUUUCCGCUACGCUAAGAUGUUUGCUGCACCCGUGCGUAUCAUGGAGGCUAUGGAACUUGACGGCACAGUAGCUUUGUUCAUGGAGAAGCCUCGUCGUUUUGUAUACCGUCCCGGCAUGUACAUGUUCGUCAAUUGUCCCAUGAUCUCGUCUCACGAAUGGCAUCCGUUCACGAUUUCGUCCGCUCCUGGAGACAACUACAUCAGCGUUCACAUUCGUGUUUGCGGUGAUUGGACUAAAGCCUUGGGUCGAGUCAUCGCGGACUGCCACGAACGCAAGGUGCUGUACCCCGACAUUUAUCUCGAUGGCCCGGUUGGCGCUCCGACUCAGGACUACCACCGUUACAAGACCGUCAUUUGUGUCGGCGGGGGUAUUGGUGUUACCCCGUUUGCCUCAAUUCUGAAGGAUGUUGUUCAUCUGUGGGAAGACAACCGUUGCCCGAACUGCAGCCAUGUCCGGCAUCCGGGUUCGUUCAAGAUCCAAAAGCUCUAUUUCCACUGGGUAACCCGUGGACAGGAGUCCCUAAGCUGGUUCGAAGAAACGAUGAACCAGAUCUCGGAAAUGGAUCGUGAUAAUGUGAUCGAGACUCACCAGUACUUGAGUACGGUGAAGGGCAGCGAGAACACGUCGCAGCUCAAGAUGUUCCAGGAGUUUGUGCACGAGCAGACAGGAAAGGAUUUUGUGUCUGGUCUGAACACAAAGCAGCUCACUCACUUCGGCCGUCCGGACUGGGACAAAGUUUUUUCCGAGGCCAAGGCGAACCACCCUGGUGAAGAGGUCGGCGUAUUCUACUGCGGCCCGCACGCACUCGAGGAGAUCCUGGACACCACGUGCAAGCGAUACUCGUCAUCGGACCCGAACGGAACCAUCUUCGACUUCCACUCGGAGAAAUUCUCAUAG